CUCAUAAUUCUCAUUACCUCAUCUAUCGCUCUGCCUAGCCUUUUCUUUUGAUUUCUUCUUUUCAUUUUCCUCUCUCUCUUUGUUCUUCCCUCUCUAAAAUCCUUCUCCAAGAAAAGAAAUUAAGGAGUUAAGAGAGGGAAGAGCUUUAAUAAAAGAAUUUAAGAACUAAAGAGGGAGGAAAAAUAAUUGAAAUGUCGAGCUCAAGGCUUUUCUUCGGAGUUUCUACAAUUGUAUCGAUAAUUUUCGCCAUUUUGUUGCCGAUGGCACAAGCUCAAUCCGCGGCUCCUGCUCCGGCUCCAACAAGUGACGGAACAACGAUAGACCAAGGCAUAGCAUAUGUCCUUAUGUUGGUGGCUUUGGUCCUCACAUAUCUCAUCCAUUGAUCCUUUUGUCAAUUUAAUUUUGGUCUCUAUUUAGUUUAAUUAUAUUUUUUCAUUUUGAUUAUAACUAAAUAGAGACCAUAAAAGUUUGUAUGUGUGGUAGAGAAAAUUAAAGUGGUUUUCUAAUUUUUGGAGGAUACAUUUUUGAAGGUCCAUAUCAUUUGUAUAAAGUCGAUGUGCGUUCAACUGUUGGAAAUAUAUUUAAUCGAUUUACAUUUCCUUAUUAA